UCGAAGGGAGAUGGAGUUAGCUGCCUACUAAUUCAGAAUGAAAUAUUGCGCCAAGUCUUAUUGUCAAGGUUUGUAUGUAGUAGUGUAGUGUACACUAACUUUGCACUAAAGAGAAUUUUUUUCUUUUUUUCUUUAUAUUACACUGUUUUCUCAACUUUAAAAGUUAUUUUCAUUCACAAAUAUGUAAUAAAGAGCAAAACAUAUUUUAUAAAUAAUUCAAAUAAUCCUUAAAUGACAGUUAUGUAAAAAAUCCAAGAUUUCUGUGAGGAAACGUAGAAGAUGCAAUAUUUAUUUAAUUUUGUUAUUUCUUGGCAGUAAAACACAAUCAUAACAUCCUUUGUAUGAUUACCUAAGUAAUUAAACAGGAAAAUUGAUUAAUAACAGGAAAACUCACCAGAAAUCACUAGAACUUAAAACUUCGAGAAAUAUUCUUACGUCUCACUACUACACUUAUACUACGAACACGUCGCCUUGUCACAGCAUUGUCAAAAACAGCUGAUGUUGUUGAUACCGGCUGUGAAACUUUGAGAAUAAGAAUAAUUUUCAGAAUCGAUUUGGGGAUGAAAUAAAAGCGCCAAAAGAGGAAAGUUAAGGAGUCUGAAACUUCUACAUAUUUUAUUACUUAAGUAUUCCUAUAGGUAAGAAGGGCACAAAAGAAGUUUUAUUACAGCGAUUCCACAGAAGAUAUGGACGUUGGAAUGGAAGACUCAAUAGGAAGCUUCAACAAUCUCAUUACAAACUACUGCAGUCGCAUAGAUGAAUCAAUUUUGAAGGAAUACUCAAAGGAAGCCACCACGGACUUCCUUACAUUCUACAGGAUGAUUUUUGAACCAUGUGGUCAGGUUGCAAUAAGCAGCAGCAUUGUUAUUUCCAAUGAUCUUCAUGUAAAGCUAUAUGCUAACGGUGAAGAGAUCAUGGAUUCAUAUAAUUUACAAACUGUGAAGGAGAUUCAAACCUAUUCUGAGCUGCAGAACCUUCUGGAAACUCUCUUGGCAUACAGGAGUCCUAAUUUAAGAGAUUCAAGCACCUUCAAGAAUAACCUGGUACACAGUAUUAAUGCCCUAGAGGAGAUUCUCAGGAAGCAUCAGGAGCCAAGCGAUGGGGAAGAUAGCGAAUUGACGAUCAGUAAUAUGAAUACAAUAAUGGAUCAACUGCGCCAAAUCCAAGAUAGGAAUAAUAAAUUCUCACCAUUAACCAUCAGCAAUUGCAUCAACAUUUACGAAUCUUCAGCAGAAGCAUAUGAAUUCCUGAGAUCCUUGAUGUACCUACCAGAUCCCACUGAACUCCAAGAACUAAUGACAACAGUUGAGAAGCAUGCUCCAAGCUGUUGUACUCGUGAAGAUGAGGAGAUUGACAAUGAAUCUUGGGAUUCAGACUCCGAAGAACCGUCUCAUGUUUGUCAAGUAAAGAGUGAGAAGAAGAAAAGGUAGGAAGUAAUGGAAAUAAAGAAUCAUCAACAGAAAAAUAAUGAA